AUGCUGAAGACGCUUGCGCUCGUGCUCAAGUCCAAUAUAGGCAUCAUCAGACCGGAUCCCACGGUCAACAAGGGCUGCAUGUCUCGUCAGCAAAGCAAUGCAGGCCUGAGUCGGCACAAUGUGCAUAAAAAUGCCCUCGAGGAACUCGGCUACAGAAACUGCAUCCACCCCGCCAAACCCCUCUGUCAAUUCUCGAACCUCCACCUCAGCGUCAAAAUCGUCAACACCAAAAUCACCGCUCUCCAACGACAAAAGAUCAGUCGCCUACUCCAAGGCCACGGAGCCAUCUUUGAAACUAGAUCCUCUUUGGCUAAGAUCAUGGCGCGGGUUUGGACGCGUUCUGAUCAUCCCCGGUGGAUCGGGUACUGGGUGUCUGGCGUUAUUUCGGCGAAUGAUAUGUGCCGCAGGUGGAUGCAGAGGCAGCGGCCUAAUCUGUCUCUAUAUAGCAAUGGGGCGGGGCAUUUAAGGUAUUAUAAGCGCGUGGCUAUGGCGCCUGGGAUUGCCUUGUGGUCAAUUGUUUCGGCUUUAUCUUUUUUUGGUGUUUUCGCCUUGUAUUCUGUUCAGCUUGUACCACAAUUACUCCAUGUCGAUGUUAACUGA